AUGAACGAAGAAUUUAUGCCAGAUCCUGGGUUCACUGCCUGGGGUCCUUUUGUAAACGACGACUAUAUCAUUCAACCCAUCACCAAAGCGAGCAUUAUCAUAGCAGGCGUUGUGUUCGGUCUCAGCAAUAUUUUUGCUAUAACAGGCGCAUAUGUUGCUGUCCAGCAAACGAGAUUUUGUCAACGGCCAUGGCGGAGCCCGUACAUAUGGAUGAUCUGGCUUGAGCUGGGAGCGUGCUUCAUAAUCGCGAUCCAAUGUAUGCUAUAUUUACUCAAGGUUAUUCGGCCCAGCUUCUACUUCUAUAUGAGCCUUCUUUGUCUCUGGUCCGUUCAAGUGCAACUUUUGCUGCAAAUCAUUAUAAAUCGAAUCCGAGUCAUAUUACCAGAUAGGGCACGAGGACGACGACUUAUGAUUACUACCGCCAUCGCUGUCACCCUAGUCAAUAUCAGUGUCUUUGUCGUAUGGAUACCAGCACGUUUGGAGAUCAGUGAGGAAUGGAUGCAUAUCAACGAAAUCUGGGACCACAUCGAGAAGAUCUUGUACCUGUUCAUGGAUGGCUAUCUGAACUAUUACUUCAUUCGACUCGUCAAGGCAAACCUAGUGGAGAAUGGGCUGCAGAAGUACAACGCUCUAGUCCGAUUUUGCCAACGCAUCAUCGUCCUUUCACUCCUGAUGGAUGUCGUCAUUAUUGGCGCUAUGAGCAUCCCCAAUGGAUUUGUCUACGCAAUGUUCCAUCCCCUUGCUUAUCUUGUCAAGCUCAAUAUAGAAAUGUUCUUGGCCCGCCUUAUCAAGAAAAUUGCC